UUCUGGGAUUACAGGUGUGAGCCGCUGUGCCCGGCCUGUCGUAGAUAUUUCUUAAUGGGUGAAAUAAUUUUAAUUAAUUUUACUUCAUUUCUUUAGAACCAUACUGAGCAUUUGGCUCUAAUUACAGGAAAACAAGGUGGAGUUUAAUAAUGGUUUUGAUAGCUGACUUGGGUUAGGUAUUAUUCUGUUGCAACUGGUUCCUUUUCCCUCAGUGCAAAGUGCUGCCGUUAACCCAGAGAAAAGAAAGAAUGCUUAGCAUAUAAAAUCAAAAGCUGUGUCACACCAUGUUGCAUUUAACACAAGGUGAGAGCAUGAGGGGAGAACAUUUGUCUUAGUUGUUGCCUUGUGUGCCCAGCACCAAGUACAGAGCCUGACAUAUUAUAGGCACCCCAUAUCAUAUUUAAAUUAGCAAGUGAAUUCUGUUUAGAUGAGGAUGAUGUACUGGUAUUGAGUACCUGAUGUAUACUGGGGUAUUUUGGGUAGCUAAGGAAAGUGUCUGUAAAAUACAAGCAAAGGAGAACGAGAUUGGUAUUUUAGCAGUUGUCUUUGAAAUGAUUAUAAUUAUAGGCAUAGACCUUUUUUCUUUUUUUUUUUUAAGCAGUUUGUAUAUUUUAGAAUAAAUAUAGGCCAGCUAAUUUGAGUUAAAACGAUCACAUGUGGUGAAUUAACCUAGAAGGUAAACAACUAAGAAGUGAAAAGAGACAUUAGAAUAGGUAAUAGAGUUCAGAAUUCACAGCUAUUUUAAAUUAGAUUUGUAACAGCCUUAAGUCAUACUUCAAAGGAAAUAAAAUUUUAUGUGAAGAAAUGGAUCACUCUUGCCGUAACUUCAGCUCCUGUCUUUCCUUCUGCUGCUCCAACUUGGCAAAACACCAAACCCUAGAGCAGAAUCAUCAUCUACCAUUUCUGUUCCUUGGAGGCAUGGUCUGUAGAGUGCUGCCAGAAUGAGUGUCAGCUGUGUCUUUCAGUCUUGCCACCAUCGUAUUCCACUGUCACCAGAGGGAUCUGGCGAAUUGCCAUCGUCCCUUUCCAUUGUCACCAGAGUUAUCAGAUUUUAAAUGAAUUUGAUUGUGUUAGUCCCCUCCUUGAAAUCCGUUAAUGGCUUCUCACAGUUUUUAGGAUAAAAAUACAAAUAUUCUAGUAUGAAAAACAGAGCUUUUGGAGAUCCAGCCUUUUAGCUAUCUCCACCUGAUCUUGCUUUCUGUGUAUUGGUGUCUCUGUAAACCACUUGCAAUUUUCUGAAUGUUCAUGUAUUUUUUUAUGUCACUGAACAUAUGAUGCUGCUUCUAGGCAUGCUUUUAUUUCUUCUCUAGGUCAUCAACUACAGCUGAUUUAAAGUUCCUCAAGUUUACCUCUAGAAAACUUUUACCUAACAUAAUACAUUGUAGUAGUCUACAUGUCCUCCUCCUCACUAAACUAUCCCUGCAUGUCACUGAGUCCACCAUGCUUUACAGAAGAAGACAGAUUUAGUCUAGAAGCUCUUCAAACAAUACAUAAACAAAUGGAUGACGACAAAGAUGGUGGAAUUGAAGUAGAUGAAAGUGAUGAAUUUAUCAGAGAAGAUAUGAAAUAUAAAGAUGCUACUAAUAAACACAGCCAUUUGCACAGAGAAGAUAAACAUAUAACGGUUGAGGAUUUAUGGAAACGAUGGAAAACAUCAGAAGUUCAUAAUUGGACCCUUGAAGAUACUCUUCAGUGGUUGAUAGAGUUUGUUGAACUACCCCAAUAUGAGAAGAAUUUUAGAGACAAUAAUGUCAAAGGAACAACACUUCCCAGGAUAGCAGUGCACGAACCUUCAUUUAUGAUCUCCCAGUUGAAAAUCAGUGAUCGGAGUCACAGACAAAAACUUCAGCUCAAGGCAUUGGAUGUGGUUUUGUUUGGACCUAUAACACGCCCACCUCAUAACUGGAUGAAGGAUUUUAUUCUCACAGUUUCUAUAGUAAUUGGUGUUGGAGGGUGCUGGUUUGCUUAUACGCAGAAUAAGACAUCAAAAGAACAUGUUGCAAAAAUGAUGAAAGAUUUAGAGAGCCUACAAACUGCAGAGCAAAGUCUAAUGGACUUACAAGAGAGGCUUGAAAAGGCACAGGAAGAAAACAGAAAUGUUGCUGUAGAAAAGCAAAAUUUAGAGCGCAAAAUGAUGGAUGAAAUCAAUUACGCAAAGGAGGAGGCUUGUCGGCUGAGAGAGCUAAGGGAGGGUGCUGAAUGUGAAUUGAGUAGACGUCAGUAUGCAGAACAGGAAUUGGAACAGGUUCGCAUGGCUCUGAAAAAGGCUGAAAAAGAAUUUGAACUGAGAAGCAGCUGGUCUGUUCCAGAUGCACUUCAGAAAUGGCUUCAGUUAACACAUGAAGUAGAAGUGCAGUACUACAAUAUUAAAAGACAAAACGCUGAAAUGCAACUAGCUAUUGCUAAAGAUGAGGUUGCUGCUUCAUAUCUGAUUCAGGCAGAAAAAAUUAAAAAGAAGAGAAGCACAGUCUUUGGGACUCUGCACGUUGCACACAGCUCCUCCCUAGAUGAGGUAGACCACAAAAUUCUGGAAGCAAAGAAAGCUCUCUCUGAGUUGACAACUUGUUUACGAGAACGACUUUUUCGCUGGCAACAAAUUGAGAAGAUCUGUGGCUUUCAGAUAGCUCAUAACUCGGGACUCCCCAGCCUGACCUCUUCCCUUUAUUCUGAUCACAGCUGGGUGGUGAUGCCCAGAGUCUCCAUUCCACCCUAUCCAAUUGCUGGAGGAGUUGAUGACUUAGAUGAAGACACACCCCCAAUAGUGUCACAAUUUCCCGGGACCAUGGCUAAACCUCCUGGAUCAUUAGCCAGAAGCAGCAGCCUGUGCCGCUCGCGCCGCAGCAUCGUGCCGUCCUCGCCUCAGCCUCAGCGAGCUCAGCUCCCUCCGCACGCCCCCCACCCGUCACAGUCUCGGCACCCUCACCACCCCCAGCACACACCGCACUCCUUGGCUUCCCCUGAUCCAGAUAUCCUCUCAGUGUCAAGCUGCCCUGCGCUUUAUCGAAAUGAAGAGGAGGAGGAGGCUAUUUACUUCUCCGCUGAAAAGCAAUGGGAAGUGCCAGACACAGCUUCAGAAUGUGACUCUUUAAAUUCUUCCAUUGGAAGGAAACAGUCUCCUCCUUUAAGCCUCGAGAUAUACCAAACAUUAUCUCCUCGAAAGAUAUCAAGAGAUGAGGUGUCCCUAGAGGAUUCCUCCCGAGGGGAUUCGCCUGUAACUGUGGAUGUGUCUUGGGGUUCUCCCGACUGUGUAGGUCUGACAGAAACUAAGAGUAUGAUCUUCAGUCCUGCAAGCCAAGUGUACAAUGGCAUUUUGGAGAAAUCCUGUAGCAUGAACCAGCUUUCAAGUGGCAUCCCGGUGCCUAAACCUCGCCACACAUCAUGUUCUUCAGCUGGCAAUGACAGUAAACCAGUUCAGGAAGCCCCAAGUGUUGCCAGAAUAAGCAGCAUCCCACAUGACCUUUGCCAUAAUGGAGAGAAAAGCAAAAAACCAUCAAAAAUCAAAAGCCUUUUUAAGAAGAAAUCUAAGUGAACUGGCUGACUUGAUGGAAUCCCUUUCAAGUGGCAUCUGUAAACUUUUAUCCCCCACCCUCCACUUUUUUUUUGGUUUCUGUUAAUUUUAGGAAUGUAACUCCAUUGGGGCUUUCCAGGCCAGAUGCCAUAGUGGAACGUCCAGAAGGGCAACUGUCUACUGUCUGCUUAUUUAAGUGACUAUAUAUAAUCAAUUCAUCAAGCCAGUUAUUACUGAAAAACCAUUGAAAUGAGACAGUUUACAGUCAUUUCUGCCUAUUUAUUUCUGCUUUGUUAUUAGUGAUGUAUAUACAACAUUUUGUUGAAAGCCACUAUGGACUUACAAGCUUUAAUGGAUUCGUAAGCCAGCAUGGGCUUGCAAAAAUUUCUUGUUUACCAGAGCAUCUUCUUAUCUUUCCACAGAGCUAUUUACAUCCUGGACUAAAUAACUUAAAAGAAGUAAAACUAAUUGCACUACUCUUUUCCAGACUGGAAGAAAAAAAUCUCCGCAAGUGAAACUGUGUAGAGUUUAUAAAAUAACUAUGGAUAGGGUUUUCACUUUUAGAUCAAAAUGGGUUUUUAAGUAGAACCUAGGGUUUCUAAUUGACUUGAUUUCUGGAAAUGAAAACCCACGCUUUUAUUAUGGGAAGCUUCUUUAACUGCAUUUAAUAUUGUAAAGUUUCAAGUCCCGCUGUAAAGAUCAUGUUUUGUUUCCCCAGGGCUUUCACUGUGAUUUACUGCAUUGCAGGCUGUAUGAUAAAAUAUAAAUAAUUUAAAGAGAGAAGGUUCUUGAUUCCUUAUGCAAGUGGAAGAGUUGAAACUUGAUUGAAGGACUUUAAAACAUUCACAACCUUAAGCCGAGGUGGGGGGAUAUGGGGAUUCAGGCAAUUGUUUACAAACUUUGAAUAACUGCAAAGGAUUUAUGGUUUGUGAAAAAUUUGUACUGUGGAAAAGAUAAUAAAUUGGAGACAUUAUUGUGUGGGACUGUGCUGAUUUUUGUUGAUAACACUCCACAAAAAAACACUAUAUGUUUUCUGGAGAGCUGUGUAAGCUGUCGUCUUGCUUAAUUGCAAUAUAAGACAUAGUGAUGUUUUGGAUGUAAGUUGUCAACAGAUUUCUAUUUUAUAUUGUUUGUCAUAUUUUUAUGUAGUUUGAAAUGUAUAAAUGUUCUAACAUCAAGAUUAACAAAUACAAAUUUAUGGUGUAUUUA